UGAGGCCCAGAAGAAGGUAAGGGGGCCCACCGGAAGCCACGGGAGGGUUCACAGGAAGCCAAAUAUGGAGCCCACGCUGAAUCGGACCCCCUGUCUGUUUUUCCUGGGAGGGGUCCCCACAGAGGCCUGAUUGUUGAGACGUUCAGUCAACAGAAAAUAUGAAUCAUUCUAGACAGCAGUCACUGUUCUUCAUCACCCUUCCAGAUUUACGCAGACUCUGUGCAGUCAGAAUAAUACUGAGUAAUGGGUUGUCAGAUACUGAGAUUAGGAGUACACAAAUGAGGAUGUGCAGGCAGUUGCUGUUUUUGCAUCAAGAUAUUCUUACAUCACCUGUGCCUGGAAUAUUAAACCAAAUUUGGGUGGUGAUGGCGAUACCAUUUUAUAAAACUGGAAAACUUAAUGCCUGUAUUGAAAAAUACGGAGCUAAGAUGGAGGCUCCACAGAGAGUAAUUCCAGUAAUUCUUCAAAACUGCCUUUCAUAUUCAUUCAUGGCUAGACUUGCUCCAGCCUGGAAUAGAACUGGCCAUCUCUUGGUACAAGGAAGAGAUUUUCUUUCUCAGAUGGGAAAACAAAGUGCUGUUGUAUUAGACAUCAAUGUAACAGAAACUCAAGUUUGUCUAAGUAUAGAAGCUUGCACAAUCAGACUGCCACCACCUGAGCUAAAAGAAUUUGAUAUUUCUCAGAGUAUUAUAAAGGAUUUUCAUACUAACAAGAAUGCUGUCAUUGAGAGACAUUCCAUUUUAAGCAAGUGGUGCUACGUUUUGCCAAGUAUGAAAAUGGGACAAAUUAUAAGUAUUCUUCAUGCCACUCCUCCUGACUGUCCUUUUCAAUCAUAUGAAGAUUUCAAGAUGCACUGGGAUGACCUGUAUGGCUAUAAACUUCCAGAAGAUUGUGGAAAUAUUAAAAUAUACUGCAACAUCUAUUUCAAAAUGAUUGGAGAAAGGACCUUCACAUACCCUCUCAGCUGCAUCAGAAGUCAGCCCAUACAGUUCUUUCCAAGGGUAGAUUUGGAAGGUGUGUUGAAAAGUUUCCUUUCAGAUUUAAAAUCUAAACUGCCCCAUAUAUGUGGAUUCCCCAUAAAGAUGACAAAUAAACCAUGCUACUACACACAAGAACUAACUAAACCUCACAUACAGGAAAACAAAGUCAAGCCACCCAAUUUGACCACUAAAAGAAUGUUCAGGGCAUCUCUGACUCAAGCCGCUUCCAUAAAACCUACCUUGGCUCAAAGUCUUCUACCAUGUUCAAUAGCAGCAGACCACAAGGGGGAGCUUUCGGUCAGCCAGCCAAAGUCAGGCAUUUUCUCAGCUCUGUCUCUCCAGCCAGAGUCUGUUCAGGACAGAAAGAAAUCCCCAUCUAACAAGGUACCACAAGUACAUUUGGAAGCAUUGAAGCCCAACAGAGAAAAUACUCAAGUUCAACAUACAAAUCUUAGCUCUCAAAAUAACAUCACCCCUAAAUUCAUACCAGUUUUCAAAAAUAGAUUGUUACAGAUGAACAAAAAUAUCUCAGCACUUGGCAACCUGAAAAGAAAACAGCAUGUUGUUACAGAAUCUAAAUUGUCUUCACUUAAAACUAGUAUGAUCCAGGAUGACAAACUGAAUUUAGGCCCAGCUGUGAAAAAAAGAUCUAAUAGUAACUUUCCAAUGCAUGCUAAAAAUUUAAACCAGAAGAGUUCCAGACUUCUGCAAGAAAAAAAUGCUGAGUCCUGUGAAGAUAUGAUAAAAUUUCCCUCUUCUAAUGGAAAAUCAAAUGUGAGUUUAAAUGAAAGUAAACAACUAUAUAAUAGUGCAGUAUUUCAUAUGACAAAUAAUUUAGGGGUGAUAAAAAGUACUGUUGACUUCCAAAUGAAUGGAAAAGACAAUUUAACAUGCAAAUAUAUAACACAAAUUUUAGGGAAGGGCCAUGAGUCACUAAAACUGGAAAGAAAACCACACAUUUUUGAAUCAGAUGCAGAAACAGAAUAUCCCCAAGUGCUACAGCAGCAAUCAGCAAAUCAAGCUAAAGAAGUUGAUGCAAGUGAUCCCAGGUUGAUAGUAAACAGAACAGCCCACAGGUCUAAAAGGAAAUCAUGUCCGGACUCUUCAAAAACUUCAAAGAAGUAUCCUCCCAAUACUGUCCAUAAUAGACAAUCUGAUUCUUCUAGGAACCAGAAAUGACCAUUCUCAACAUUGGAUGAACACUCUUCCAGAUGUCUCUCACACUCACUCCUAUGAGCCUCACACUCACUCCUAUGAGCGUGGAAUCAGGCUCCACUUUCUGCUGUGGAGCCUCUGUUUUUCACUUGACAAUUUUUUUUAAUGUUUGCAGAGUGUUUUGUUGUAUAUGGAUGUACCGCAUUUAAGUAGUCCCCUAUUGAUUGACAACUUUUCACUGUUAUAACAAUGUCAUGUAAGUAGUCUUGUGCAGAUCUUUGCAAAAUACCUAUGAUCUUUUAUAGUAGUUUUGAUAAUUGAAAAUAUCUUUAUUUUAUGCUCACUAUUUUUAUUGAAAUUUAUUUCAAUUCAUUAUUUUUGUCAAAAUUUUCAAAUCUCAAAGUACAGAUAAUAGUAUGAAGAACCUCUAAGUACUUAUCACCCAGAUCUACCAGUAAUUAAUAUUUUGCCAUUAUUGCAUCUAUUAUUCAUAGACAUACAUUUUUUGCUGUAAUAUUUUAAGGCAAAGUCAAGAUAUUAUAAAAUUUCAACCAUAAACACUAAAGCAUAUAUCUCUAACACAAGGUACAGUAUUUUAUAAGAAAAAAAUGUGUAUAUAUAUUAUAUUUGGGGGUGUCUACUAUAUCUCUGAUGGCUCACUAAAUUUCACUUUUGUUUUUACAUGAAAACUAGUAGGAAGCCCUGAAUAAACAAACAAAAAAACUUAUUUUACAGCAGAACUAGAGCUUUUAUUGGAGUAGAGAUUUCUGUCUCCAGUAAUACUCAUUAGCAUCUACUAUGUGCCAGGCAGUGGGUAAGCACUGUGUCCACUACUGAAAUGGAAGAGACUGCCAUCGCUUGAGCCCAAGGGUUGAUGGUCUGGUCUCUAGCAAAUCCAUUCUGGGUUCCUGGCACAGGCUUAGGGUUAUAUAUGUAUUGAAGUACAUGUCCAGAAUGACCUUGUCCAUAUUACAAAUAAUUUUUCUAAUAUUUGAAAAAAAGAGAAAAAGAAAUAGGGCUUCUCCCUAAUGAACAUUAUUUUGGCUUUCAAACAUUUUAGAUGUUUAAUUUAUAAAAUAUAAUUGCUGUAAUAUUUAAAAGAAACAAAAUGUCUUCAUUAAAUAUUCCCCUGAAACAAUCAUCAUAUAAAAAGAAUCAGUAGAGAUCCAAGUAUAAGUUGAACUUUUAUUUUUUAAAUGUAAUUUACUGUUUCUACCACUUCAUUAAACCAUUGCAAUUAAAAGCAAAAAUGAAGUCUCCUGCAAAACUGUAAAUAUAACUCUCACUCCUGAAAUUGUGUUUAGUUGAUUAAUUUUCUAUAUGCCUUUACUGUAAGCAUUUCUGUUUUCCAGAAUUAUCUAUAUUUCCCAAUAAUUCUAUUUUCAUAAGUACAUACAUUUGGUUGAGGGCCCAUUUCUAGUGUGCCUUUCUCAUUCUAAAUCUGGUAUUGUAUAUAACUAGUAGACUUCUGUAUAGGGUAGCAUGCCAUUUUGUUUGAGAGGCCAUGGUGAAAAUAUUUGUUUAUGAAAGUAAGGUUAAUCAAUAUGCCUAUUUGGUCACAGAGUCAUCCACAGCAUGCAGUCAUUCCUCAAACCAGCCUUCCCUGCUGCUCUGUGCAUUCCCAGGCCACCUCUGUGCUAUUGCCCAGUCAUUAUGCCUUAGGUAGUGAAGACUUAGUUUAUUACUACACUAAGCAAAAUAAUUAAAAAGAUAAAUCCACUGCUGAAGUAGUAUGUAAUAUCUGCCAGUUCUUUAUGUAAAUAAUCUAGAGUGCCCCUCCUCUACUCCAUUAGUUUCUAAAAUUUAGAAUUUAUAGUAUUUCAUUUAAAUAAAUGUUAACCUACAUGACAAAACCUGCUAUGU